AUGAUAAGUGCAGGCGAUGCAUUCACCUAUAAAGAUGAUACAACAAUGUUACCCCCUAGUUUAUCAAGAACAACGGAUCAAAAUCGUGACUUACAUAACACAAUAUCUAUGACAAGAAUAACUACUGAAGAAGCAAUCAGUAGUUCAGAAUCAUCAAUGGCAUCAGAAUCAUCGUUAAAGAAUACAAAAGAAAGCAUUGGCCCUGAAACGUUUUCAACAAACGGAAGAUCAACUGUAAUUAAAUGGAGGCAAAAUCCAAUGGAGGUCGAUAUCCCAUCUCCACGAAGCAUCGCCAUUACUAGAAAACAAAUAGAAAAAAUACCUCUUUCUACCCGUUUGAAUUCUAGCUAUGACGAGAAUGCCUCUGUUAAUGAUUUCAUAGAUAUUACAAAACUAUCAACCAAAAAAUUAAUAAAAAUGAUAAGUACUAUUUUGGAAAAACUUAUCAAAUCAAACGACGAACUUCGUGAACGAAAUGAAACCAGUUUGAAUGACAGAACUGACGAUGAUAAUUCCGAUGAAAGUAAAUUAGUAAGAUCUAUCAAAUCAUUUAGAGGUAAGCAUAUCCCACCGAUUAAAUUAGAACAAUAUUUUCAUCGAAUUCAGAAGUAUUGUCCCACCAACAAUUUAGUAUUAUUGGCAAUACUAAUCUAUUUUGAUAGAAUAUCAAAAGUAUUGAAUGGCUCCAAAGAGAAUGAGUCGGAUCCAAAUAUAUCCACUCACCAUCAUCUGUUGCGUAAUUAUGAUUGCAAAAUUGAAGAUAAGUUCUUGCUGGAUUCUUAUAACAUCCACCGUUUAAUUAUUUCCGCAAUCACUGUUAGUACCAAAUUUUGGAGUGAUUUCUUUUAUAGUAAUUCCAGGUAUGCUAAAGUUGGCGGAAUCUCUCUCGAUGAGAUGAAUUACUUGGAAUUACAGUUUUUACUAAUAUCUAAUUUCGAUUUAAUUAUUUCAAGUGAAGAAAUUCAAAGAUAUAGUGGGUUGCUAUCAAAAUUCUACAUUAGCAUAACCGACCUUACAGCAUCCUAG